AUGGCGUUCUAUCAAACUAUGGACUAUCUCCUUGACAGGACCAAUAUCCACGAUGUCGUCACAAAGCUGAAUUUCUAUCUAGAUACCUAUCAAUGGGACAAGCUUAUUGACGAAGUAUUCAUCCCCAACGACCUCAUCAUCGACUAUACGCCAUCACUUGCCAACGAGGCCGUCGUGACGACAGCGACGCGGACGGUGGGACAGUGGAAAGGGCUUAUGGACGGGAUGGACACGGCACAGCAUAUUCCGAGCGCUCUGCUCAUCAGCCUGCCCCAACCGGGGCCCGAGACGGACGUGCCUCAAACGGCUUCUGUCACCUGUAACGUGACUGUGACUCUGGUUAGGAAAGACGCGGAGGGAGGCCCGCAGCUUUCGAACGGGCCUCCCGGUCCGCUGUGUUAUCAGGGCCGCUAUGAUAUUGAGUUAAAACGGGUGUCGGAAGGGGGAAGCUCUGGAAAUCCAUGGCGGAUCACGAGGCUGAAGGCGAAGAUCGCGUGGUUUUCGGGGAAUAAGAAAUUGCUGGGGCUUGAAGAUUAG